CUGUCCACGCUGGGGCCUGGGGUCCGUGGGGCCCGCGAGGCCCGGUCUGAGGGGCCGGGGCCUACGUGGGCCCUCCGCGGGGCCCCAUGAGGCAUAGCCUGACGAAGCUGCUGGCGGCCUCGGGCAGUGACUCUCCGGCCCGCAGCGAGAGCCCGGCGCCGGCCGCUGCCUGCUCGCUCCCUCCCGACCUGACCCGGGCGGCCGCGGAGGAGGAGAGGGCGGAGGCCGGCUCUCCCGGCGGCAGCCAGCCGCACGGCGACGAGGGCGAGCUGGAGGCCGGGAGGGGGAGCCGCGGCGGCGGCGUGGCCGUGCGUGCGCCUUCGCCCGAGGAGAUGGAGGAGGAGGAGGCGAUCGCCGGCGUCCCGGGGGAAGAGUCGGAGGACAUGGACUUUCUGUCCGGGCUGGAACUGGCCGACCUGCUGGACCCCCGGCAGCCGGACUGGCACCUGGAGCCCGGGCUGAGCUCACCCGGGCCUCUCUCUUCGUCCGGCGGCGGCUCGGAAAGCGGUGGCCUGUGGCGAGGGGACGAUGACGACGAGGCCGCCGCCGCCGAGAUGCAGCGCUUUUCCGACCUGCUGCAGAGGCUGUUGAAUGGGAUCGGCGGCAGCGACGGCGGCAGCGGCGAAAAGAGGCGGAGGAAGUCCCCGGGCGGCGGCGGCUGCGGCGCGGGCGGCGGCAGCGGCAACGACAACCACCAGGCGGCGACCAAGAGUCCGCGGAAGGCGGCGGCGGCCGCUGCCCGCCUCAAUCGGCUGAAGAAGAAGGAGUACGUGAUGGGGCUGGAGAGUCGCGUCCGGGGGCUGGCGGCCGAGAACCAGGAGCUGCGGGCCGAGAACCGGGAGCUGGGCAAGCGCGUGCAAGCGCUGCAGGAGGAGAGUCGCUACCUGCGGGCCGUGCUCGCCAACGAGACGGGCCUGGCUCGCCUGCUGAGCCGGCUGAGCGGCGUGGGACUGCGACUGACCACCUCUCUCUUCCGAGACUCGCCCGCCGGCGACCAUGACUACGCCCUGCCGGUGGGCAAGCAGCAGCAGCAGCAGCAGCAGCCGGACCUGCUGGAAGAGGACGACUCGGCGGGAGGAGUGUGUCUCCAUGUGGACAAGGAUAAGGUGUCGGUGGAGUUCUGCUCGGCGUGCGCCCGGAAGGCGUCGUCUUCUCUUAAAAUUUUCUUUUUUAGGUGAUUUCCUUCCUGCCAGGCUCCGUUGUAGGGGUUACAGAACAGUCGUUCCCGCCUGACAACCUGGUAAGGAUCCAUCUCUUCACGUAACGCUCAUGCUCUGCUGCUUAGUCUACUUUUAUGGGCAACAUCUCAAUAUGUGUGUGUGAUUUUUUUUUUUUCUUUCCGUUUUGGGAAGAUGGGAGGGGAAAUCUAAUUUGGGCCCUGUCCACCCUGGAAACAGACUUGUGCUGGUCUAUAAUGUCUUGAAGAUGCUGAAAUAGCUGUUAAUGUGUCCCCUUGUUCAAACUUGCAUGUACCUAGCUCUUCUGUCCCCAGUGUGGACAUGGCCUUGGAUGACAUCGGUUCCAACUGUACACUGAAACCUGCUUAUAGAGAUACAGUUUGGAUACAGUGACACAGGUGAAGUUGAAUGGAACUUCCAGUUGUACAAAGUGCACAUUGGAAUUCCACUUUCAGAGCAACUUUUCAGAGGUUGACUAUCAAUAUCUGGGGCAUGCACAAAUGUAUUAGUUAUUUUACUGGAGAUGAGAGAAAUCUUAAAUAUUCAAGAAUGUGUUCAGUUUUUCAGAAGAUAUGCAAAUCCAUUCUGUUCAGAUUAACAAAAUUUAAUCUUUCGCUUUGAGAGAGAUUGGAAGUUGAUAGGCAUACCAGACUUCUGCGUGUUAGUUAAUUGGAGGAGGAAUAAGAAUGGUUAACGAAAUAUUUCUAUGAUGACCAGCGCAGUGAUUACCCUAUCACUGAGUAUGAUUAAAUUGUUGAAUAUUUUUACUUUUGAUGUAUUAAAUUUUUAGGUUAAAUUUAUGUAUGUAUGACUAAAUUAUAAUAAAGAUUGUGAAAUGUGAAUGAAAAAAAGUGUAAAGUGAGGCUUCACAAAGAAUCUUAUUUCAAAAUAAUUUCCCCUGUUGAAAUUAACAUAAAGCACUGAGAGGUUCUAACCACUCCAGUGACAUAAUAUGACAUGGUUUUCCAAAGAUGGAAAAGUCUUUGAAGUACUCCUCUACUUAUUGACCAGCUGUACAAACUGACUUAAAUCCUUUAGUGUAAGAGAUAGAAAUUCUUUGUGAAACGUCACUGUUUGAUAAAGUAUAUACAUAUUUAGCACCCUUGUUUUUCUUUGUGCUAAAGUGGAUACAGCUGUUGGGGCAGAAGAGACACGGGACCAGCUGCUGGCCACAUUUCCUGCUUUAUUUUAAAAGGUAGUAUAAGAAAUGAGGAAAAAGAGGUAAUAUCAGGGCUUCUGCUGUCUUUUAUUUUUUAAAAUGUUCAUAAAAGAGAAGUAUUUUCCAGCAGUCCAAAGAUGUAAGCUGUCUUACACAUAAAAGGUUUUAUUUUGUUGUUACUUGGUUAUGAAAAUGGAAUCCUUGUUCUUGCACAACUGUAACUGUUUUGUUGCUAGACAAAAAAGAUUUGAGGCCUAAAUUGGUCUCUGGUUUUCCAGUGCAUCACAACAUAUUUCGUGAAAUCAUCUACUGCACUUGAACGUGAAUGUGUAAUAGCCAGACUCACAACCUGGAGUGAUGAACCUGCUUAUACCUAAGUGCAGGAGCAAGCCCCUCACAAUGCAGCUGCAUGGAUUUUUAGUGCCUACUGAAUUAUAUAUAUAAACCAAAAGUAGUUGGAGAAAUUAUUUGAAAUGACUAAUUUGUGCUCUUUAUGGAAUAUGUUAAAUGUAGCUUUUUGAAAGAGAAGUCUUGAAUUGAAAUUUAACUAAUACUUGAACAUUUUGUAUAUAAUUCUUUGUAUAUAAUUUUGUGCAGUAUCAAUGACAAAAAAUAUGGUGUAAUAAAACCAGGUUUGUUGCUCUUUCAGUUUAUGGGCUCAAAGAAUUUAUUCAUCUCUAACGUGAUAUUGAAACAUAAUGGAUGAAAAUAGGCAACAAAUGAUUGUUAUUAAUGCUGAUUGUGGAUUGAUGGGUCUUAAAAGGUUCUGGAGGCAGUGUGUUUUUUAUAAAAAUUGGACAUUACCUUGGAAUAUUUUGUUUCUAAUCGUCAAUUCUUUUCCUGAUUUCUUUGUAGUUUGGGACCAGGGGAAGUAGUAGUCAAAACUUUUUAAGUUGAGAUGCUUUGAAAUUCCAAGUGUAGGUUAUUAGAAUGUCAUUUUAUAAAUGACAGAUUUUGGAAAUACUUGAUUCAAAACUUUUGAAAAUGGAAAGUUUAGUAUGGCCUAUUUUUUAAAGCUGCUUUGUUAGGUUCCUUAUGUUUUAUUAUUAGCUGUCUUUGUUUCCAUUUCACUCUUUUUUUCCUCCAAUUUUGGUGACAGUGAUUUUUGUCAUUUUUGCAUCAACCUCAUGGUCUUGUUUUCACAUGGUAAUUGCAUGUACAUAGGACCUGUCUAAUAGGGGCUUUAAAUACAUUUGGUAAUAUUUAUGUGGAAGCACAUUUUAUUGUAAAUGUUUGGGUUUCUGAAUUUAUAACAGAUCUGUUUAUUUCAGUAUGUAGUAAACAAUUAUCUUAAAGUGUCUUAUUCACUACUUGUUAAUUAAAAAGGUUAUGACUAAUAUGAAACUGUUGUCUUACUGUUUUUAGAAAAGUGUGCUUUGAAUGAUUAGUUCUUUGGAUAAAGCAGGUUUCUAGACUAGAUUAUUCUGAAAAUUGCAGGUUUUGGUCUCUAAUGGAUGAAGUUUAGUGCUUUUUUCUGUUGUGCCUAGGCUUUACGUGCCGAAUGGUAAAAUGAUACAGAACAAAAGAUUCUGCUUUUUAAUACUUGUUUGCUAAUAGUGGCAGGAAUUCAUACAUUAAUUGAACUCUAACACAUCAUGUUGACCUAUUUCUAUCACUGACCUACUAUAUCUGUACUUCCUUUACCUGACUUAACUGAAAAAUCUACAUCUGUAAAGUGGAGUCACACUACUGACAAAAACCACCCGAAAGUGUUCAAAAUAUUUUAAUUAAAUAUUGUGCAUUUUAUAAUCACGAUAUUAAUCUCUCUUUCUUCUCUUUAAACAGCUUAGCAGUGUCUGCAAAAACGAAUCUUUUCCUACAACCUGUUAACUGACUGGACUGAUGGUAACAAAGUAAUUGUGGGAGCCAUGUCGGUCAAAAAUUUGGCAUCUGCUGAAAAAAAUGCCAUUUUCAAGUUCCCAAAUUACUUCUAUACUGAUUUCACUUUUCAGAAAUGGAGAUAUGAAAAGAUUCUCUGGGAUCCUUGAAAGACUUAAUAGAAAUACAUGAGACUAAAUUUUGGAACAAAAUUAGACUUUUUUUCCAUUCAUGGGAUUGAUUCUCAGUUCUCUGCAUACUUAACCAAAAUUGUAUCAUCCAUUGGAGAAGAGAAUGCUAGUAUUUCUUCGAUGAAUAUUAGAUUUUUUUUUUUUUACAUUAUCAAGGACAUUCAAUGGAAUUAUAUUUAGUGGACUCAAAUUACAUAAACAGGGCAUCAGUGAGCAGAAGGCAUACCAUGAAUUUGUAUUUAUUCCUGGAACAUGAGAGCUAAUUUGAAGUAGACACUUUUGCCAAGUAGAAUAUAAAAGUUAAUGUAAAGUUCUUAACUCUAAAGGGUAUCCUUAUAAUCAGAAGAAUUGAUUUCUUUGUGUAUCUUUGAAAAAAAUCAAUUAUGGUUCGCUAUGUGUUGGUGGAGUUAAUUGCAUUUCAGGGAAAUACCAGGAUGCAUGGAUUCUGAGGUCUUAUUCAGCUUUCUCCAAGUACUUGACGCUGUUUUGUGACUAGAGGUUUUUAAUGAAUGGCACAUUGGCUGCUGAUUAAUAUAAAAAUGCAUCUGGAGUUGUUUAAGGCCUUUAGUAUUCUGGAUGAUGGGAGUGACUUUUGUGUGUGGUGGAUGGUGAUUUUACCUAAUUGAACUAUUUCUCCAGCUUAAUGAGUGAAAAAACUUACCCAAUUACUCUGGAUUAUUUUAUUUCAUUUUCUUUGGAUUAAUAUAAUUUUUUUCAUCUAGUUUAGCCUAAGUCAUUUUAUGUUACUGACUCAUUUGGGAAGUAUGCAAAUGACAGAAAUGUGAGAAGGUAGCUCUUUCCAGAAUUAUUUCAUCAUACAUAUAGUUGGUUAUUAUACGAUAUGAUAUGAAACUUAAUAAAUUCAUUCAGUUUCUUGUAA